CCCGGGACGAGGGGCGUGUCCGUUCCCGGCAGUCCGCGAAGGCGCCGCCAGCAGCGAGCAGUAAAUCAUUCGUCCUGACAUCCGGCACACAUGGAGCAGUCGGCUCGCGGCGGGCGGAGCCACGUCAGCGUUUUGGCCUGCUUCCCGAUCAGUGAGGCGCGAGAAGUGGCCGUCGCCGUGGUAACGGCUCUCAGCGCCAACCUGGGGACCCCCGGCGGCAGAAGUCUGCUGCGGACGGAAGCUCAGGUGAAGUGGACUCUGGAGGUUUUGUGCUUCGGUCUGAGCCUCCCGCUGGACUGCGCCACGCCGCGCGCGUGCGUGGACAUCUACGCCCACUGGAUGACAGUUCUGGUGUCCCCGCGAGACUCCAUCCCGCCGCCGGUCGUCAGAGAGCCCAACAUUUACGUCCAGAAGAUCCUCAGACACCUGCGCACGUUGUUCCUGCCCAGGUCGGAGCGAUCCGGUCCGGAGUACGCGUCCCUCUGCCAGCGGGUGCUGAAUGCAGUUCAACUGCUGGCGAGAGAGGGCGCUGGCGUGAGUGGCGAGACCUGGGAGAUGCUGCUUCACUUCUUGCUCUGCGUCAACCAAUCGGUGCUGGCCGCACCCACCUCUGCAUCCGCUUGCCAGCAGCUGCGCGCGUCAUCCGCGGAGGUCCUGUUCCGGGUUGGUCUGGCGUCCUGCGGCCGCUGUUUCCCUCCUCAGUCCUUGUGGCUGUCGUGGAGACAGAUGAUGACCACUUGGAGGUUUCAGCCCGCCGUACUGGACCAGUGGACACGGGUAGUCUCCGCUCUGACCUCCAGGUUACUGCGCCUGAGUUUCCAUCCUACCUUUCCUCGAUUUGAGGUCCCGGAUGAGGACGCCGUGCCCAUCCCUGAAGACAUGGACUCCCAGCUCACCCUCCAGACCUGGUUCAGGUUCCUGCAUUUGCUCGGCAAUCCCGCAGACCUGAAGCGUCCACCAGCCGGUGUCCCGGGACAUCCGGGCCAGGAAGACGUCUUCCUCACAGCAAUGACAACGAUCAGUAGGCUAGUGGAUGCAUUUCUGGGUAUCGCUGUGGUCUGCGGAGGGCCAGGGGAGCGCAUGCUGAUGAACACGGGACUUUCAUCCAGAAUCCAUUUCAGAGACCGCCUCCCUUCACUCGGUGUCGCUGUCAGCCGAAGUCCUUUCAAGGACAGGGUCCCCUCCUACGUCCCCCCAGGUGCUUCACGUCCUCGUUCUGGAAGCGCUCCUCCGACCCCCGUCGACGUACUGAGCAGGGCCAGCAAAUCGCCGCCUCCACCGCACGCUCGACAGAAGACAUCAACGGAGAAACCUCGGACGGGAUGGUCCCAGACGUCCCCUUCCCUCCAAUUGCCGAGGUCCUCUUCAGUUCUUCCCGCAUUCUCUUGGGCGCCGUACUCGUCCCCCCGCGGGCCCCCAUCCCCGCAGAGGGCCAGCAGCGUGGACUCCCUACUCCAUGUGUUUGGCUUCUGCCUAUUUGACGCUGCCCUUCCUGACAAAGACUCUGCUCCAAGUGAGCGCUGGCAAGAAGGGCGAGCCGAGGCCUGCGGGACACUUUGUCGCAUUUUCUCCAGCAAGAAAACCUCAGAAGACGUCCUUCCCGUGUACCUGUCCAGGUUCUACGCAGUCCUCCUCCAGGGUCUGCGGGUGUGCGCGGACUUUAGCCCUGCGGUCGCGUCCGCCGUCCUCCUCCACUCACCCACGUUGUUCUGCUGUGACCUGGCCGGAGUCAACCUGCUGCUUCCUUCCUUCAUCUCGGCCCUGGAGAAGGUUCUGCUGGAAAGGGAGCUGCCCAGCUUCGGGGCCUUUGUGAGCCCGGUGCACUUGCGGCGGGCUUCCAUCUCGGUGCUGAUGUCACUUUUGCCCCUCCCCCAGCAGUUUGGACCGCUCCAGCUGGUGCCGCUGCAGGAUGCCAGGGGGGACGGAGUCCCCACAGGAAGUGUCCGGUCCCUGAAACCCCGCCUCCUCGGCGUGCUGAUUGGUGCUCUGAAGACAGAGACCGAUAGCACCAACACGCAGAUGCUCCUCGCGGCCGUCUUGACUCUGGUUCAGGAAUAUGCCCUGAUGGAGGCUGCGGGACAAACUGACCACGCAGGACACAACAGAACCAGAGUCCAGCAGUCGCCCAGAGCUGCCGCGCUGUGGGUGGAGUUUGUGCAUCUGCUGACUCAUCAUCUGAUCGCCCAGUGGAAAGACGAUUCAGCUGUUUGUCUGGUGGCAGUGGAGGUUUUGGGAGGACUGGCCGGAGUAGAGGUGAGCGCGGCCAAGCGGGAAAAAAAGCAAGCGGUCACCUGGAUCUGCCGCUACAUCGAGUUCCAGUGCAGCCGUCCUCCUCCCCUUCACUCCAGAGACCUUCACUCCAUUAUCGUAGUGGCCUUUCACUGCCUCAGCAUCUGGCUCACAAGACACCCCGACAUCCUGGAAGAUCAGGAGUGCUUGCUGGAGCUUCUGGAGAUUGUGGAGCUUGGCGUCUCGGGCAGCAAGUCCAGACAGGAAGAGGAAGUUCGGUGUCGAGAGCAGAAAGAACUGAAUCCCGUCUCUCUCAGAGUGAAGGAGGCAGCUGAGGCCACACUCAACUGCAUCAUGCAGGUGUCUGGAGCGUCUCCAUUCCUCGGAAGUUCUUUGGACGAAGAUGCAUUGAUUGGCUGCUCCGGUCCGGAUGAUAGUAACCUCAAGAAGUUCAGAUAUUUUGCCUUGGACGCUUCUGUGAUCCUGGGAUUUCUGGAACCAGAAAAAGGUUCUGCGCCGUGCCCGUCACUCACUGUGCUGAUACGAGGGCAGUUUUCAAGUCACUCCUGGAAUUUCCAACACCGCCUUCAGCCCCGGCAGGUGAAAAAGAGAGCCCAAGUGUGUGUCAGGAUAUCCUGCACUGAAUGUCUGACCAUUCGUCUUCAUUUUUCUGGGCAGAGAGCAGUCAGCUCUCAGCAAAGUCACAGCGAAGGCCAGGUGCAUGGUGGGAUGUCACACUACGGGACUGGUGUCAAAAAUGAGAUGCUGCUGGACAACAUCACCUCGGUUCCUUUGGUGCAAGCAGACCACAGUUUUCCUGACAUCUGGGAGGGCCUGACGGAGAAGAUGAAGCAGCAUUUGAAUCAUCUACGGAGAACUUUGGAGCGACAGCAGAGGGCGGAGGCAGAGCCCCGCCAGUCUGACGCCACGGCGGCAGCGUGUACGCCACCUCCGCCCGGUCCUGCUCCCGACGUUCAGACUGCAAGGCUUUUCCUUUCCCACCUGGGCCUGGUGACUCCCGAGACCUUGAAGGAUCCCGGUACCGGGGGUGCUCCGGCUCAGUUGGUGUCUCUGGAUGCGUCCGUGCCAGGGUUCUACGAGGACCUGAGACAUUUGGACAGCCUCCCGUCCAGAACCCAGGAAUCAGCCUUCAUCUUCUAUGUGAGGGCAGGACAGAAGACCGCAAUGGAGAUUUUGCAGAACGUCGAGUCCCGCUGCACCGUCUCUCGGCACUUCCUGGACUUCCUGUCUAGCUUGGGUCAGCCGGCAUCACGCGGACGGCAGACCGUAGAUUUCGCCGCUGCACUGGGGCAGAGCGGCGGCGGCGCCGCGUUCGACGGCGACCGUUUCGUCCUCAAGUACGACGACGCCCUGGUGGACGUCACCUUCGUCGUCGCCUCGUCGUCGUCGCACGGCAGGAUGGAAAAGCACGCGACGGCCGAUUGGCCAAAGCGGGGGGAGGAGGCGGAGCCAGAGGACGAAAAACGGCCCCGGGCGGCCAAAGACCGGCACCAGUCCAAGAUGCUGAUCGUGUGGGUGGAACGCUUGGAAGACGUCGGUGAGCGUCUCCGCGUUAUCGACAGCUUCAAGUUUCCUGGAAAAAAAAUGGGGUGGGGCCCGGCAAGUAUUUUGGAGUCGGGCGGGUUGCAAUCAAGUCCAAAACAACUUCAUGUUCACAAGCUCCAAAUGGAUCGCUUUUCCGAGCCGCUUAUGCUCACAAGGGUCGCGGGAGUGCUGGAGACUUUCCCCUGCUGUCGUCGGGCAGGAGGCGGGUUACGCCCCGAAGCGGUCGGCGGCCGAUCGCAGGGCACAAUUGCGUCUCGGAUGAACGUUUUUGGGACGCGGGAGGCCCGGAUUCGAACCCUGGAGGCGGAUGCUCGAGCCACUUGUUGCACUUUCCCGCCAUCAUUUUCUAAGUGUGGCAAAAAUGUUGCGGGGGGAGGGGGGGGGGUAAGAGGAAGGGUCCCGUGCGUCAUCCUGAUCGUCAUUAUGGUGGAUGACGUCACGGCCGGUUUUCCUGCUGUUGUUGUUGUUGUUGUUGUAGAGACGUUUCCGGUCCGUGAGCUGAGCAAGAGCCAACCCCUGAGCUGCGGUUGCGGCGUGCACGCGCUCUUCAUCCACAGUCUGGCCACCGGACUGUUCCGGAUCGUCUCCCGCGGAAAUCCCGGCGCCGGCAAAUUGGGUUUGCCCCCCCCGCUGCUUGACGGGACCGUCGUCGGCAGGCGCGGCCUCGGCCCGUUAGUCCUGGAGACGCUGAUCAACGGUUGCCGUCGGCGACAGCUGUGCGGCGACUCCGCCCCCCCGCCGCACGUCAACAGGAAGAACGCCAUCGGCGACGCGGUCCUGCGGUACGGCUCAGGUCGCCGUUCGGAACCCGACUUCUACGCCGCUCUGUUCCGCCGGCUCUGAGACCGACGACGCCCUCGGGUCACGUGAUCGCCGGCGUCGAAACGGACUCUUGUGAUUCAUCGUUACACAUUCAAUUAUCAUAAUUGAUCGUUGUCAUCAUACAAUAUGAAGAAUGAUCAAAAUUAGUCAUCAUAACCAAUCGGAUGUGCUCUAUCCUACAAUCGGUCAUUGGAAUUUCUUGAAAUCACUCAUUUUUACGGCGGGCCACAUUGGCGUUUCGUGUUCCCGCAGAGGGCCGUUAUGAUUCAUAUUUACACAACAUUUCUGAACUCAUUUAAGAAUGAAAAAUGUCUUUGUUUUUUUUUUUUUUUUUUUUAACUGUUGCUCACGAUUGGUAACAAAAAUGCUUGCAAUAUCUUAACGUUUUCAUCUGCUAUGACAAUCUGAAAUUUGCCUUGGCGGGCCACAUAAAAUCAUGUGGCGGGCCAGAUCUGGCCCCCCCGGGCCUUGAGUUUGACACCAACAACUCCUUCAUUUUUUUUUUUUUUCAUGAUAAUCAAUUGUCAGUGAGGUGAUCAAUAAAGAAC